CGGCCAAUGGGAGCGUGCCAACGUGAUGACGUAGAGGAAGCUGAAGCAGAGCAGAACCGUGUGUUGUUGUUAGCUGUCGUUAGCUGUUGUUAGCUGUUGUGUGUGGCUCUGGCUCACGGAUCAGAUCGGUAAAUCAGAUCUAUUCCCGUGUGCACAGGGGAGCAACAUGGCCAAGUGGGGGAAGUUUCUCCUGAGAAAUGUACUCCGCCACACAGAUGCUCAUAACAAGAUCCAAGAGGAGAAGGAGAUGUGGAAGAUGAGGGGCAGCCAGACACAGACCCCGGAAGUGUCGACCAGAGAAGCACAAAGGGGGAACAUGCACUGUGAUCGAGUGUCCGACUGUCCCAAGUCCCGCCCCUCCGAGCAGGAUGACCGGGCGGCUCGCUACUGGUCCCGUAAACUGUAUGAGUUUGAGGCCAAUGAUCCUGACAGGUGGGGACACAGCGGCUUUAAGGAGCUCUACCCGGAGGAGUUCUCCAGUGACAGCGAGGACGCAGACCGCAGGACGAAGAAGACCAAGAGAGAGCUGUCCGUCUCCAAGCGCUCCAAGAAGUCCAAAGAGAAGAAGAAAAAGAAGAAGAAAAAGAAAAAGGAGGACGAGGACGAGAAGGAGGAGGAAGAGGGAAAGAGGAAGAAGGCGGACGUCUCCAGCAGCAGCGAGACUCAGUCCGCCAGGAGCAAAGAGAGGAGGAAAAGCGGUAAAAGCAAGCACCACAAAGGGAAGAGGAGGAGGAGGAGCAGGAGCAGGAGCAGGAGGAGAGACACCGGGGAGAGCAGCUCACAGGGGAUGGGCGAGGAGCUGGACAGGGAGAGACGCACGCGCUGCGGGAAGAAGAGGAAACACGACGCCAACAGAGACACGGACUCCGGGCCCGACGGUGCGAGGAAGAAGAGGGGGAGGGGCAGCGGGAGGAAGGACUGGAAGGAGCCGGCUGAGGGGAACUCGGACGACAGCUCCGCUGAUUGAAACGUUCUCGUUGUCACACACACACACACUUGUGCACACAGACAUAAACUUGAGCAUACGCACAUGCACACACGCACACAUGCACACACAGGUAUUUCCGGUAAUGACUAGAACAACGCUUGCAUUUGAUGUGUUGUUUGUCCCAUUAGCUCAAAGGGGGAGGGAGGACGCUGUGUGUGUGUGUGUGUGUGUGUGUGUGUGUGUGUGUGUGUGUGUGUGUGUGUGUGUGUGUGUGUGUGUGUGUGUGUGUGUGUGUGUGUGUGUGUGUGUGUGUGUGUGUGUGUGUGUGUGUACAUGUGUGUGUGUGUGUUUGUGUGUGUGUGUGUGUACAUGUGUGUGUGUGUACAUGUGUGUGUGAUGUUACUCAGUAUGACAUCCACCAACCUGUGCUGUCGGCGCUGUCUGUGGAUGCUCCUGGUGGCGGCUGCUUGGCGCCUCCUCGGGAGACAAGCAGCCAAUCGGGCGGUGCAGACGGCGGGGGAACAGAGGGGAUGUACUGAGAGAUACGCCGUGUGCUAACUGAUGGAUGUCUGGAGCAGAUCUCCUUCCCGCUCAAAGCGUUUUGUAGCCAAUCGUGUUAUUAUAAGACCUCAUCAUGUCAGGGAUCUUGGGCUCGGGUUAGGAUUUAUGAUUUUUUUAGAUUUCAUUACUUUUUAUGCAACAUGAUGGCGUUGUGAGGAAUAAACCUGUUUUUCUAGCUUUGUAAACGUGUUUCGUGAUUAAACCAUGCCAUGUAGGAUUUUAAGGAAACCGGAUUAUGCGUCCACGCGUGGAAAUUAUUUAAACAAAACACCCCCUAGGUAUCAUUUUUGUACAAAUACAAGCAUGCAGUAAGUGUGAAUACAUCAGUGUAUCAUUUAAACUCAAAUGUUAACUAGGUUUUCCGGCAUUAUUUAAAUCUUUUGAACUCGUUCCUGCAUCAGGGAUAUGUUUUGUGUGAAUGCAUUCAAAGGCCAGCCAUGCUCAACUUAAUACAUGCACACUUAUGUUCAACAAUUUAUACGUUAUACUGCAUAAGACCAGGUUUAAAGAUUAAAUCAAUGGCUUCCAAUAAUUAUAUAAAUUAUUCUGCUCAGCCUAGGAAGCUUCCUUAAUCUCCAGUUUUAGGAAGAUUCCAGAUUCUCCUUGAUAGCCACCAGAGAGACUCCAGGGCGAGGGUAGAUCAACACCAGUGGAUUUUACCCAAGAUCAUAGUUUCUGUAUUACAUCAUUAGGCAUAGAGCCGUGAAGCAAUUCUGAAGAUCACCAGGCAACCGGCCUUUAAAGGUGUAGAAGCAGCUCAGAGUUCUCCUUCCCACAGUGCUCACGAACUCCUGCUCGACCACUUAAUGCUGCUGUCCACAAGAGUCAUCGAUAACCAAUGCUCGGACAGAGGAUGUAUGAUAACGCUUUGUAACACAGCAGUUGCUGCAGACACACCUUAAUCUGAGUGCUGCUACAACAAAUGGUGGUUUAGCCCCAAGAAGGAUUGUGAGUCUUGUGUUUUGGAAUAAUAAUAGAUUUUGUAUUAAAGGUGGUAGGAUGGACAAGAUAUACAGAUUCAUAUCAAACAUAAUAACACAGAAGACUAGCUUGCAGGGGCCGAUAUACAACUUAAAGCUAUUUCGAGAUUUGUGGCAGCCACACACAC